AUGAAGCUGAUCAUUGUUAUGACAAAAACAUUUGAAUUCACGGUUGAAGUUGCUUCCCAAGAAGAAACCAUAGUUCAACUCAAACAAAAAAUCCAUCAACUUGUCGGCAUCUCACCUCCUUUCCAAACUCUCACAAUUUACGGUUGGGAACUCAUGGACGGCCUCGACUUCGAAGAUUACCCCAUCAUAUCCGACAACACCAAAAUCGAUCUCUCCAUCAAACAUCACAAACACCAACAUGUGGUGACGUUACCUAGAGAAUUAGAGACCAUCACUCGAGGUAAAAUGACAAUCAUCAUAAAAUUCUCGUCAAGAAAAAUAAACAUAGACAUCGACAACACAGAAACCGUUAGAAGCCUGAAGGAAAAGAUCCACAUAAUCGACGGAACACCCAUCAAGCGAAUGAGUUUAUUCUUCUCCGGAAGGGAACUUGAGGAGGAUUUUCGUGGUUUGAGUGAGUACGGUAUACACGAGUCGUCUGAGAUCGUGGUGUUCCUUAAGACCAUGAGUCGGUUGAUGGUGGAUCCUCCAUCGAGAGGGGUGAACGUCGUGGUGCAGACGUCGUCUAGCUUACUAGAAGCGCCUGCUCGGUUCACCCUCGAGAUGAAGGACACGAGCACGGUCAGCGAAUUGAGACAUGUUGUGUUGAUGAGGAAGAUAUUGCCAAUGGAUGAAUAUAUAUUCAUUCAUAAACAAAGGAUUAUGCGGGAGAGUUGUAGCUUACGUUGGCAUGGAGUUGAAGAUGGCGAUUGUCUCUACGUUUUCAAAGGAACAGUUAGUCGGGCUGGAUAAAUUUAUUACCUUAUU